CUGACUUGACACCGGCACAUGGACAUGAGACAGAUGUUUUCUCUGACUCUCACGACACUAGUAUCGUUAUUUAAAGUUUCCAGCCGCUGAUCCGCGGUUAUCUUCACCUGCUGCAACAUCAUGGCUGCGAACCCUCCAGGACAAGCCUUCCCAAACAUUGCCCGGGUUGCGAUCCUGGCUGAGCUUGAGAAGGAGAGGAAGCGGCUGUUGCAGAAUCCAUCCAUGAACGCUGCUGGAGGCAGAUCAAGUAUGAAGGAUUUCAGGGACAACGCAGAACAGCAGCAUAUCGCUGCUCAGCAGAAAGCCGCUCUGCAGCAUGCGCACAUACACUCCUCGGGCUUCUUCAUAACUCAGGACUCGUCCUUCGGGAACCUCAUCCUCCCCGUCAUCCCGCGCCUGGAGCCCGAGUCGUGACCUUCCACCUCUGAUCCACCUCCAACCUGCCUGAGUGCACGUCAGAUUUAUUUAUAGAGAAGCUUUCAAAACAUUAGGAACAGAAUUUCCAGAAGGAUCUUCUACGGCAAACUACAGAAAUCCUGCUCUGUUGCCGACUCCCCACAAAAUUCACAUUUUCUCUGGGUUUUUACAUUUGUAAUUGAUAUUUACAUAAUAAAUUUGUUAUAUGUAUUAAAUCAAAGCUUUCUUUUACUUUUAUUUAAUUUAUUUGAAAGUUUACCGAUAAUAAGUUUUUCUCACUUUUUUCUUGUAACUUGAUUGUUUGUAUCCAACAGUUUUAAAAUGAUUAAAAUGUGAACAGAG